UCUGUUGUUCAGUACGAAUUGAAGGAGCCCACACCGACAAUACGUUACAGAUAGAUUAUCUACAAUGAUAUCCACAACACUCUAACCAUCCCUGAUAUAUAUAACGAUAUUCGUGACUGUUAUUUGCGAGUCUCCGACAUACGGAGGUUUGUUUUCUAGUCAACCAUGCUAACAUUGCUAGCUAACUAGCCAGCGUCUCGUCGCCUCCUCUUCACCUCCAUGGCUUUCUGCUGUUGAGCCUGUCAGGCUUGUGCUUGAGGCAGCGAGGCUAACAAAUUAAUGCCAUCAGCCAGGAACUCCGGUCAUACUAUGAGCGGGGCGAGUUGCAAAGCUAACGGCGCCGUGUACCCCGCCUCGUCGGCGAUGAUGAACUCCGUGAAGAAGCCGAAGAUGGAGCAGAUCCAGGCCGACCAUGAGCUCUUCCUGCAGGCCUUUGAAAAACCAACUCAGAUAUACAGAUUCCUUCGCACAAGGAAUUUGAUUGCACCCAUAUUUUUGCACAGGACGCUGACCUUCAUGUCUCACAGAAACGGACGAUCAAACGCCAGAAGGAAAACAUUCAAAGUGGAUGCUAUGUUGCAGACAGUCGAGCGGGUGAAAGGAGAGCAGGAUUCUCUAAGUUUGUCAUCACAUCUACAGUUAACCUUCACUGGGUUCUUCCAUAAGGAUGAAAAGCCAUCUCAGAAUUCCGAAAAUGAACAAAAUUCUGUGUCCUUAGAGGUGCUACUUGUCAAAGUCUGCCAUAAAAAACGCAAGGAUGUCAGUUGCCCGAUAAAGCAAGUGCCUACAGGUAAAAAGCAGGUGCCUUUGAAUCCUGACGGUAACCAAACCAAGCAUGGAUCCUACCCUUCCUUACUGGUCUCCAGCAACGAGUUUGAGCCCAGCAACAGCCACACGGUCAAGUCCUACUCGCUCCUCUUCAGGGUGUCGCGCACAGGGCGGAGGGACGCUGUUGGUCUGGUCAAUGGAGAGGCCAACGAGAACAUUGAUGUAAUAGAUACUCCCAGUAGGAAGAAGAGGAGUUUAUCUCAUAGAGAGGAGGGCGAGACCACGGAGACCUUCGUUGCACAGAUGACCGUCUUUGAUAAGAAUAGGAGGUUACAGCUGCUGGACGGGGAGUACGAGGUGUCGAUGCAAGGGAUGGAGGACAGUCCCGUCAGCAAGAAGCGAGCUACGUGGGAAACCAUUCUGGAUGGAAAGAGACUGCCGCCGUUUGAGACAUUUUCUCAGGGACCCACAUUGCAGUUCAUGCUGCGUUGGACCGGAGACGCUAGCGGGAAGUCCACUGCCCCCGUGGCGAAGCCCCUCGCUACGCGCAACUCUGACAGCUCAGGCCCCAUGGAGACCAGAACCAGCAACCACAGAGCCGCCCUCAUGAUGAAAGAGUCGGUGAGUACAGACAUUCAGACGAGGAAAGAGCAGGUCCUGUGUGAGCCGCGACAGAAGCUCCGUAUAUUUUAUCAGUUCUUGUACAACAAUAACACGCGGCAGCAAACAGAGGCAAGAGAUGAUCUUCACUGUCCCUGGUGUACCCUGAAUUGCAGCAAACUCUACAGCCUGCUCAAACACCUCAAACUCUCCCACUCCCGCUUCAUCUUCAAUUAUGUGCCUCACCCCAAAGGAGCCAGGAUAGACGUGUCCAUCAACGAGUGCUAUGACGGGUCUUACGUUGGCAACCCUCAGGACAUCCACAGCCAACCUGGCUUCGCUUUCAGCCGCAACGGCCCCGUGAAGAGGACCGCUGUAACUCACGUCCUGGUUUGCAGGCCCAAGAGGACCAAACCGAGUCUGUCCGAGUUCCUGGAGACUGAGGACGGAGAGUUGGAGCAGCAGAGGACGUACGUCAGUGGACACAACCGCCUCUACUUCCACAGCGACAGCUGCAUGCCGCUGCGGCCCCAGGAGAUGGAGGAGGACAGCGAGGACGAGAGGGACCCGGAGUGGCUGAGAGAGAAGACUGGCACGCAACUGGAUGACUUCACCGACGUCAACGAGGGAGAGAAGGAAGUGAUGAAGCUGUGGAACCUACAUGUCAUGAAGUACGGUUUCAUCGCGGACAACCAGAUGAAUCAGGCCAUCAUGCUCUUUGCGGAGAACGUCGGCGCUCACAUCGUCCGUCGCAACCUCUGCCGCAACUUCCUGCUGCAUCUCGUCAGCAUGCACGACUUCAACCUGGUGAGCACCGCCACCAUCGACCGCGCCAUGGCCCGCCUGCGGCAGAUCCAGCAAGAGCUCCCGGCCGCCGACGCGGAGCAGGACCAGGCUCUGGUUUCAGCGGCGGCCUGCAACGGCAACGCCGUCAGCUCCACGGGGGGGAAGCAGGGCAAGAGGACAAAAAGCUCACUAACGGACUGAUGUUGGAGGGAUGGAACAACGAUUGUUGUGUUUUUGUUUUGGUAGGUUUUUUUCUUUUCUUUUUUCUCCCUUGAGUGAACAUUACCAACCGUUUGGCGCUUCGGUCGGUGCAGGAGCUGAAGGGUCCGACCUGGAGCGGACUAGUACACAAGGUAGUACAAGUUUCCGGAAUGUGAGAACUGAACCAAAUAUGAAUAUAAAAAUGAAGCAACGACGUCUGCACGAAUCAAGAAUUUGAGGGCUGGCGAGUGCGAGUGGAGCCGUAGGAGCUGCUGCAGAGAACAAAUGGAGUCCAGCGGUGUGGCACUUUGGUACGUCCGCGUUAGAGACCGCUGCAUCCGGACCACAGUUCAAAUGUACUGGUAAUGUCACUUAUGAUUAUUUGUACACAAUAACCUUGUGGAGAUCUUCUCCUUUUAGCUGGUUUAUUUUUAGCACAUGGUGUGUUUGUAUUUUAGAAGGCUUACCUUUUUUUUUUUUUUUUACAUUGUUUUUAUUCAUGCUGUUUCCUCUGGUGUCAGUGGGUUUGACAUCACUGUGGUGAAUGACCGAUCGUACGGCUACACUCGUGUCUCGCGUGUGUCGGGACCCCCAACGGGUUGUGCUGGUAGAUUGCCAUGACAAGCGAUGUACUGUAAGCCUCGGAUCCCCAACAAGAGCAUCAUUUCUGUCUGGGUUUGUGCUAAAACAAAAACCCUACUACUCAACCCUAAGCCUUUCGGCCUGCAUUGAUCACAGCUCAAGGCAAACCAGGAAAUAACUUUUUUUCCAAAUGAUUUACCGUAACAAAAACCAGCACCCCCCCCCUCCUCCCGCGCAGAGUGCACAGCAUGUUAAGAUCACCUUCACGUUUAAUUUCACUUUGAGGUUCGACCAAGUUGCAAUCACAAGUGCUUAGUUUUGUUUUUUCCUCUGACAUGUGUUUUGAGUACCAGAAGCUUUGACCGAAUUGUGUUUACGUGUAAUCGCAUCAAAUGUUGAGCCGUGCCCCGUCGUGACUCCCAACAAUAAACAGAUUGCUGUUUUUCUCUCAUAGCAAAAUGCUGUUUAUUAGAUGGAUGGCUUACAGGUCCAAGUCAGUUAUUCUGUCUGUCCUGUUAAGUGCAGUUUAUGCCAAAGGUGAAUAUUUUCACCAGUCUCUUGGUUCUGUAUAUUGUUUAGAAUAUUUACUUGUGUUCAUUCCAUUUGUAAUUUCAUCUGACUUUCCUUGUGAACGACCAAAUUAACAUUUUUCCUUCCUCCCUUUUUUUCAUUCAAGGUUUUGUGUCCAUCUGGACUAAGGGAGACACAUUCACUGUUAUCAAAACAACCAGUAACUGUACACUCUGGCUAGGGGGACUUUUAUAUUUAAAAAGAAAUAAAAUUAAUUUGUCCUUA